GUUAAUUUUGUAGGUUGUCCUGCCAUCUUACAACCAGCCAUGUCUAGAGGUCCACCCCACAUGCCAGCACCUGUGUGCUUGAUUGAGAAUGCAGAGGGGGGACUGCGGACGGUGGAAUCGGCCCUGGACAUCCUCAGGGGGAUCCAGCAGCCUGUGGUGGUGGUGGCUGUGGUGGGGUUGUACCACACUGGCAAGUCUUACCUCAUGAAUCGGCUAGCUGGGCAACAGUCAGGCUUUGCUCUGGGCAGCACCAUUGACUCUAAGACCAAAGGCAUCUGGAUGUGGUGUGUGCCUUACCCUUCUAAACCAGGACAUACGCUGUUGCUGCUAGACACUGAAGGACUGGGUGAUGUCGACAAGGGCGACUCGAAGAACGAUGCCUGGAUCUUCUGUCUGGGCGUGCUGCUCAGUAGCACCCUGGUGUACAACAGCAGAGGCACCAUCGAUAACGAGGCUCUAGAGAAACUCCACUAUGUGACUGAGCUGACCAAUCACAUCCGGAUGAAGUCAGCAGGUGCCCGUGAUGAGGAUGACGAGGAGAAGGACAGUACGUUCGUCCGCUUCUUCCCUGACUUCAUCUGGGCUGUUCGGGACUUCACUCUGGAGAGGAAGAUUGAUGGUCAUGACGUGAGCGAGGACGAGUACCUGGACUUUGCCCUGCAGCUGAAAAAAGGUCAGUCUACUAAAUUGGUGACCUACAACCAAGCGAGACAGUGCAUCUGGAACUUCUUCCCGACCCGGAAGUGCUUCACAUUCUCAUUCCCAACGUCCGCGAAGAAAAUGAAGCACUUGGACUCCAUGGCUGAGGCCGACCUUUGCCCAGACUUCCUGAGUGAUGCUAAACGCUUCUGCAGUUACGUCUUUGCAAAGAGCCGCGUGAAGACGGUACAGGGUGGCCACAAGGUCACCGGCAGCCGGUUCAGCCAUCUUGUGAAGAUCUACGUGGACACCAUCAACAGUGGCAGCGUUCCCUCUCUGGAGAAUUCUGUGGUUGCCUUGGCAGAGAUUGAAAACCAGUCAGCCGUGAAUGCGGGCUUCCAGCUCUAUGAGCAGGGCAUGGGGGAUUUGAGUAAGACCUUUCCCAAGGAUCUUAAAACUGUCUCGGCAGAACACCAACGUCUCUCCACCAUGGCAACGCAAGAAUUCCUCAAACAUUCCUUCAAAGAUGAGGAGGGGAAAUACAUGAGGCAGCUGGUGGAGAAGGUGUCACAGCUCUAUGAGAAACUGAUCAAUCUGAACAUGGAGGUCUUGGCUAAGCAGUCUCGGAAGCUUCUCUGUGAUAUGCACGCACCGAUGGCCACAAACAUUCAGCAGGCCAAGUCAGGCGGGUAUGAGAUCUACUGCCGUGACCGAGACGCCAUAGUGGCCGAGUACAAGCAACAUGACAAGAAGGGCAUGAAGCUGAGUGCCAGGGCAGUAUGUGGGGAACAGGUGUUGGAAAAGUGUCUACAGGAGAAGAACACUGAGGCCAAAUCCAUCCUGAAGGCUGAGGAGGAACUCACAGAGUCUGAGAAGAAGAUUACUGCCAUGUCUGGAGGUCCACCCCACAUGCCAGCACCUGUGUGCUUGAUUGAGAAUGCAGAGGAGGGACUACGGACGGUGGAAUCAGCCCUUGACAUCCUCAGGGGGAUCCAGCAGCCUGUGGUGGUGGUGGCUGUGGUGGGGUUGUACCGCACUGGCAAGUCUUACCUCAUGAAUCGGCUAGCUGGGCAACAGUCAGGCUUUGCUCUGGGCAGCACCAUUGAGUCUAAGACCAAAGGCAUCUGGAUGUGGUGUGUGCCUCACCCCUCUAAGUCAGGACAUACGCUGUUGCUGCUAGACACUGAAGGACUGGGUGAUGUCGACAAGGGCGACUCGAAGAACGAUGCCUGGAUUUUCUGUCUGUCCGUGCUGCUUAGUAGCACCCUGGUGUACAACAGCAGAGGCACCAUCGACAACCAGGCUCUAGAGAAACUCCACUAUGUGACUGAGCUGACAGAUCACAUCCAGAUAAAGUCAGCGGCCGCCCGUGAUGAGGAUGAUGAGGAUGAUGAUGAGGAGGACUGUACGUUUGUCCGCUUCUUCCCUGACUUCGUCUGGGCCGUUCGGGACUUCACUCUGGAGAGGAAGAUCGAUGGUCAUGACGUGAGCGAGGACGAGUACCUGGACUUUGCCCUGCAGCUGAAGAAAGGUCAGUCUACUAAAGUAUUGACCUACAACCAACCAAGACAGUGCAUCCGGAACUUCUUCCCGACACGAAAGUGCUUCACCUUCCCAUUCCCAACGUUGACAAGCAAUAUGACGCUCCUAGACUCCAUGGCUGAGGCCGACCUUUGCCCAGACUUCCUGGGUGUUGCUGACCGCUUCUGCAAGAACGUCUUUGCAGAGAGCCGCGUGAAGAGGGUAUGGGGUGGCCACAAGGUCACCGGCAGCCGGUUCAUCCAUCUUGUGAAGAUCUACGUGGACACCAUCAACAGUGGCAGCAUUCCCUGUCUGGAGAAUGCUGUGGUUGCCAUGGCAAAGAUCGAAAACAGGUCGGCCAUGAAUGAGGGCUUCCAGCUCUAUGAGCAGGGCAUGAGGAAUUUGAGUAAGACCUUUCCCACGGAUGUUGGAACUGUCUCGGCAGAACACCAUCGCCUCGAUGGCAUGGCAACGCAGGAAUUCCUCAAACGUUCCGUCAAAGAUGAGGGGGGGGGAUACAUGGCACAGCUAGCGGAGAAGGUGUCUCAGCUCUAUGAGAAGCUGAUCACUCUGAACAUGGAGGCCUCGGAGGAGCUGUGUCGGAAGCUUCUCUUGGAUCUGUACGCACCGAUAGUUGGCAACAUUCAGCAGGGCAGCUAUGCCAAGGCAGGUGGGUAUGAGACCUACUGCACUGACCGAGACGCCAUGGUGGUCAAGUACCGGCAACAUGACAAGAAAGGCAUGAAGGGGGAAGAGGUGUUGGUGGAGUUUCUCCAGGAGAAGAACGCUGAGACCAAGUCCAUCCUAAUGGCUGACGAGAAACUCACAGAGUCUGACAAGAAGAUGGCCGAGGCCAGUGAAAAGGAGAGGGUGCAGAAGCAGAAGAUCAAGGCGAAGGAGCAGCGGUAUCAGGACCUGCAGCGCGCCCUGGAGGACGAGAGUCGCAGCCAGGAGGCCCGUGGGAGGUCCCUGAGGGAGAAGAAGGAGGAAGAGAAGCAGCUCCAGCACGAGGAGUUGGAGCGAGCCCUGGAGAACAAACAGAAGGAGCAGAGGGAGAUGCUGGAACAGGGCUUCAAGGACCAGGCUGAUAUCAUGGGCCAGGAGAUCGAGCAACUCAAGAAGGAGAAGCAGCAGAAUCAAGAGGCUAAGCCAAGUAUCAGCAAGAAAAUCAGUAAUGUCCUCUCCUCCAUGCUGGAGUACAAAGGCAUGCGUAAAAAGUUUAAAUCAUGGGUGGCCUAGUGCCAAUGCUGCCCAGUCCUGCUAUGAUAGGGUGAGAGAAAGACAGGCUUAUCUGCAGAUGAUCAGUAAAGAGAGGAAAGUAGUUUAUUUGCCAUGUACACGAUUAUUUGUCCUUUUAUCUGCUUUCUGUUAGGAAACAAACGAGUAGUUAAUAUUACUCUAUCUUGUUUGUUAUUCGAUUUUUUGUUGCAGUGUUGUCUCUAAAAAUAAAGAUAAAACAGUUGAUUACAUUUCAUUGUUUUCAUUUGACUGAUAUUAGACUUUUUUGUUUAAAUUUUAAGUUCCAUCUCUGUGUUUGUGAUGUCAUGGGAUCCAAACCAAUAU